AUGAAUGAAUUUGCACACAAGCUCCUAAAUCUUGAGGUUCUUCCGGAGCACGACGUCAUGCUGAUUUGCACCAAGGUGUCUGAAAUCCUGAUAUCAGAGCCAAAUGUACCCUCUGUGCAUUCGCCAGUAACAAUCUGCGGAGACAUUCACGGUCAGUUUUUUGAUUUGGUAAGUAUGCUGUGCAUAGAUGGGAUGCCUUCGCAGAGGAAGUACGUUUUUCUUGGUGAUUAUGUUGACCGAGGCAAAAACUCAGUUGAAUGCAUUCUCUUUCUGUUUGUGCUAAAGAUCCUAUAUCCAGGCAGUAUUCAUUUGAUACGGGGUAACCAUGAACAGGCAGCCAUUAACCGGGUGUAUGGCUUUUAUGAUGAGGUAAUUGAGAAAUACGGUUGUAGCAGGGUAUGGAGAAUAAUAAACGAAGUCUUUUGCUUGAUGAAUGUUGGGUGUCUAGUUGAUGGACGGGUACUAUGCGUGCAUGGUGGAAUCUCUCCAAAGAUCACCUCCAUCAACCAAAUGAAAAGGAUUGAUAGAAUGGCGCCGAUUUCAGACUGCAGUGAGUUUUCAGACAUUAUGUGGGGAGAUCCAUACGAUGGUAGAGGGUUUCAACCAAGCCCACGAGGAAGCGGGUAUUUGUAUGGAAGUGAUGUUGUGUGCAGGUUUCUUGAACUUAACAAUCUUGUUAGUAUUAUAAGGUCCCAUCAGCUUGUAAUAGAAGGAUAUAAAUUCCACUUUGAUGAAAGAAAUGUGAUAACUGUGUGGAGUGCUCCAAACUACUUAGGAAAGUGUGGAAAUCCUGCAAGCAUUCUUCGGAUUGAUCAGGAUUUGGAUCUUUCAGACAAGGACUUCUGUAUAUUCAAGGCCACGCCUCAGAAGCGAGAGUUUCUUAAAGUGCCUGAUGGAUUUGGCAUUUGA